GUUUCAAAACAAGUUCGGACGAAAACGAUACAUAACAUAAAAUAGGGAUUUCUACCUCUGACAGUCUCCAUUUGGAGUAAUAAAUGGGGUCAACAUUAAGACAAGAUGUUGACUUCAAUUCUCUGUUCAAGAAGCUGGGUCACCAUCUGGAUGAGAUUCGUGUUCGAGCCUUGGAGAAUAUUCUUUCCAAGUUAGAGCACAAGCUUAUAUGUGACUCUGAUCUUGUCCAAGAACGCCACUUGUUUAUUCGCCUCCUUGAAUGGUUCAACUACCCGAAAUCUUCCCGGCAUUCAGAUGUCCUCAAUCUACUCUGCAGGCUUUCAGAGCACACAUCUGGUGCAGAAACCUUACAAGACAUUGGUGCUAUUGAGUUUCUUACCAGUCUGCGAAAAGAUGUGACAUCGGCCCUGCAACCAGUUGUCGAUCAGGUGCUUGAGAACUGCAUGCGCCUGCCUGACGUUGAUAUUGAAUUGGACCAUGCUCCAGAGUGUAUCUAUCAGAGACACAACCAUACAGGAAUGACAGCGGGUGCAGAAACCACAGUGGAUACCAUAGCAACCCGUCAUACCCAGGAUUAUUCCCUCGCCCCUAGCACCAAUGCCCCUUCUGAGCAUGGAGCCAGACUACCAGAUUACAGGGAACCACCUUUGGGGUUCUUUGAGGGGUGUCAGGGAGAUCUGGGGCAACAGCCUAUGACUCCAGGGCCCGGGGGUCACCCCACAGCAGCUGAUCUGGGGCUUGAGGGCAGUAGCUGUUUUAGAAUGACCAUAUUUCCAUGGUUAUCACUCACACCCACAGACAGACAUGUUCUCUCCUCCACCAACAGUUCUCUCCAGAGUCGGGAGGCCUCGAUGCUUGUCAGCACGUGCGAGUUUCUAAGUGACGUUGUCUUCCAAGAUUUUCCUGCUGAAAUUUUCCUGCAGAGGCCUAAUAUUGUCAAGAACCUGCUUUCACUCCUGAGUGGACCAAUCAAAGAAGGGGGUGUGGCGAGGCUUCAGGCUGUGAGGACAUUGGCUGACUAUGUCACAUGUCUGCGUAGUAGAAUACGAUGUCACCAGGAUCCCAACUUUUACACAGCAAAACAAGACUUCAGCACCACACCAACUCCAUUCUCUACACCCUCCAGUUCUUCAUCAGCCAAUCAAAAUGGAGGAGGAGAUGGAAGACCAUCGGUGAUUGGUUGGACAGAUUCCCGCCCCCGGGGGGAUGGCCGGGAUGGAGAUACGUCUGGUUCUUCCACUGGGACAUCUCGGGCUUCCAGUGUGGGCUUAAGCCCGGAAGGCAGGAGAGGAGAACCCAUUGACCUUGAGGAUGUCCCUGCCCUUCAAUACCUGCAGUUAACCCUUCCACAGUUUUGUACCCAGGUUCUGGAGAGAGCACUGCCACUUCUACGCUCUACUGAUCAGGUCAUCACCAUGGAAGUCCUUCACCUUCUCCACUUGACCUUGGAUAUAAUGAUUGCCAUGGUAACACCAGGCCUAUGGCAGGAUCAGUCUAUGGCAGCUAGGGAAUGUAGUGAAAAGCUUAUUGAAAGCCUAGAUGUCAUGGCCGAUCUAUUGAAAUUUCAUCACCAUAGCAACUUGAAGUCUGACCCUGAUGACACUAAUAAUGACCCUGGUGACCUUGUACAGCAGAGGCAGUGCUUGAUUGGUCUACAUGUGCUUCUGGCUAGGAUCCUUGACCCUCUGGUUCCACUUGACAAGUGUCGAGGGGUUAUAUCAGAGAAUCUCCUUUCCAUCAUGAACACACUUGUAUAUGAUGAAGCCCUUAGCAACACACUUCCUGACCUUCAGCUUCAGUUGCUAGGUUACCUACAGUACCUUGACGACGGAAGGUACUCUGUGUAUGUUGCUACGGCAACCAUUUGCCAAUCGUUGCAGAGGACUUGCAAGUUUAUGAAUCUGGCCCAGGAAGAGGCAUCUCGACUAUCAAAGGAGACACUUUCCCUGUGUGAGGGAGCCUUUGACAGCCUACCGUACCACCGUCACAUGAACUACAUCACAGAGACUGUUAGACUGUGCUCAGAUAUACAUGAGAAUGCUGAUGUCAGUGGUAGUCGUUCUCAGCACUAUAAAGAUCACAAGGCCCGUUACAAGAAGUUGCUGUUACAGCUUCUAGCCCAUCCAAUAGAAAAGCUGCGACUGGGUGUAUUUACUGCUGUACUGCAAUGUGUUAAGACGAACCUCAGUGUGCUUAAAGCCAGCGAACCUGGCUCAACAAGCUGUGAGAAGGUCAGAUUCAUCAUCGAUGCUGACAUCUUGUAUGAGAUCGUUGUCUUUGGACUCGCUGAUAAGGAUACAAAGGUGGCCAAUGCAGCCAGUGAGCUAGUGACUCAUUUGUUAAAGAGUCAGUUACUGAUGAGCCCAGCCUUAUGGCAGUUAAUGUUGAAAGAACUUGCCAGGGCACUUCCGAUUUUGCAGUCCUAUGCAAGUGUUAACACAGUGCUGGGAACCAGUAUUCUAGCCUUGCUGGAAACCAAACCCUCCACUUCCUCAAGUGAGAUCACUCGAGGGGAGAAACUCCGGGGAACUCUGCGUUGUAUGCUGUCUACAGACCUAAAGGUACGAUCAGAGGCCCUGAAACGCUUAUCCUGGUACCUUUCCAACGAGGAAGGCGGUGUGCGUCGGUUACCCAUAUUUUCGGAGCUGAAUGUUACAGACCUUGCAAAUCUUCUGAUAGUGGAUACACCACGAUCGGUAGACAAUGAUUUAGGCCGGUCUGUGUUUCAGGUGGAUGGGUUGCGCAAGGUGUAUGAGAUAUUUACAUCCCUCUCAGUUGAUCCUGGUGUGAAAAAAUCUGCUGUGGACCAACUCGCCAUUAUACUGCAAGACCCUUCCUUGCAUGCAGCCUUCAAAAAAGAUGGUGGGGUGGAAAAGAUAUUGGAACACAUCCAGCUUGGUGUGCUGAAAGACGGCAACUCUAAUACAAGUGCCAUGCAGGCAUACCUCCCUGGUUGUUUAUCCAUUCUGAGAAGCAUCGUUCAUAAUGACUUCUCCCUGAGGCACAGAUUAGCACAUGAUACCAGCUUGUACCUGACACUCGUCAGAGUUGCGCUACUGUUGUCAAAUGAUGAUAGAACAUGCUACGAGGUGUCUCAUAUCCUGGCGUUGUUGCUGUUUGAUGAACAAGCUAGAUUCUUCAUGGGUGGCAGUAAAAACACAGCCUUUUCUGUGCCGAACAUUGUCAAACUAAGAUACAAGCUACCAUUCCGGCCCUCUGUCCACUAUGAGAAAAGUCCGCAUGAGGUGCUGCCACCGGCUGAUCCUGACCCGUUAAUGACGGCCGUGCCCCUUGAAAUGAUGAGAGUCACAUGGAAUGUAGCAUGGCAUGAGGGAAUGGAUAACCUAGUGAAAUACUUGUCGGGAACCACAGCCAAAUCUGGGGAUUCGGAUCUGGAAUUUUCUGCAAAACUCCGCCUGACGCCGACUGACAAAAUAAUUCUGACAAACUCACAUCUCCGUCAAGGUCUUCAGUCAGCAGUCUAUGACAUCACAAACUCAACCUCACAUUUCGCAGUCCAGCGAUCACUCAGGCGUCUACUUGGUUACCUUGUUGCUAGGAGCGAUGCAGGUGUCAUGGAGAUUUUCCACACACUUGAUUGGUGUGGAGCGGUAGCCAGGUUUGUGAAGGUCACUCCAGCCUCAACAGCAGAUGAGAGCCUCCUUUGGGAUAUUCUGAGAUUUAUCAGCCUCGUUUUGAAACUGACCAAUCGGGCACCAGAUAACAUCCUGCAAUGGGUGGGCGAGGUGCUCUACCAUCCAAAAGGUCCUCUAAUUAGUCUAUUACACAGACAGACUGCUAGAGAAAUGGCAGAAGAGGCAAAUGAGGGCCAGGUCAACAUCAAGAGGUCCCUUGACAAAGCAUUGCUAGCUUUUAUCUCGGCCUACAACAAUUCCCUGCCCUAUCUUCUCACUGUAAGGUUAAAGUUUCAUCAACUACGAGGGGAUCUAGCCCAUCGUCUGGUGCAGAGAUUGAACGUGACUGACGCUCCACAUUUCUACAACUUAGCUGCACUGGAGGCCACACUGCUGGCCCUUGUGCACAUAACCGCCAGGCCAGGGUGGAGCCAGGAAUGUACAGAUCAGGAAGGGAACACGCUCCUUUGUCAGGUUCUUAACUGUCUACUGGAGGUUGUGUGUGCCUUCCACAUCGGUCGAGGAGGUACAGCCAUGUCCUUUAUGGGAAAGGGUGUUACCAAGGCUGCCACUCUGUGUCUGAGGCACCUGGCAUAUGAGAUGGCAACACAAUCUAAAGGAGAGGAGUGGCCAAAAAACUGGCUGUACAGUCGCCAUGGAGACGAUAUGUCAGGUGACCCAGGACUUGACUGGAUGCUUACACUGUGGGCUUACAGAGAUUCUGAGGUGCGGACAGCUGGUCUUGGUAUUGCUGUGACCUUGUCGUGCUUGGAAGAAGGUCGGAAACUGUUGACAGCAAACUGUAAACACAUCCCUGGGGGUAUUUGGGCAGCGGCUCUUUCCAUACUGCUUGAUACGUCCGAGUGCAGCAUUGUCCGACAACAGGCUGCCUUGUUACUAGUAAACCUGACAAGCACUCCAUUGCCUAGUGGCACUUCCGAAGGCGAACAAAGGAUAUGGGCGGGACCUAUCGUCAUGGAUACAGAAUAUGGCGUCUCGUUAACGGGUCUUCCCGCCCUACUAGCUCUUGUUGAACAUUGUCAACUGUAUCGGGAAAUGACGGUCAUGUUAUCGGCAUACCAUCCCCAGCCCGCUGUUCAGCCCACGUUGACGUCAGAGAUUCAGCAAUUAUCGCAGUCGGCAUCGGAGAAUACUUUAUCAGUUCUAGCUGACGCUGGUUUAUUGCCAAGGUCAACGAAUGUUUCCCACCAGAAUACCAUGUCAUUGCUUCAGUCAUCAGGGGUCUCGUCAGUUCGGCCAACAGAGAGGCUGGGGGCCGUAGGGGCUCGGACCCCUACAACUACUCCAACCUCUCAGCAAGGAGGUGCAGAAAGUUCUGGUGAAGAGUGUCCAGGGGAGAUAACCACACAACAGUCGGUGACCACUCCCUGUCUUGUAGCAGCCGUAUCCCAGCUUGUUAGGAACCUCAUUGUUCAAGCCCCACAAGAUACAGUUACCGCUUUGAAGAAUGAGUCACUGAUUCCAUUCUUUGUAAGCAUGCUUGAUGCUGGAUUCCUAGAGGGCAUACAGGGCUUGACGAGCUCCGUGCCGAUGGAGCUGUUUUUCACUGAGCUGCUCGAGAUGCACGUGCACAUUCUGCGCCUGUUGAACACAUGCCUUGUGCACGACCACACCACACGCCUGCAUGUGUUACAGGAUAGGGUUGCUCUCGGAGGAAUUGUGUCACUUCUUAGGAUUUUUUCUGAUGUAUCAGCAGACACAUAUGGCAGCUGUUGUGAAGUUUGGAACACUGUGCUUAUGUUUUUGACGACCCUUGUCAAAACUCAGUGUGGUGCAGCAGUUGAGGUGCUGGGGCAGGUUCUUACCAAACAAUGGACACCCAUAGCUGAGGCCCUGUUAAGGAUACUGGAAGGAGGUCAUGGAAAGGGGGAUCUGUAUACAGCAUGUCUUGACUUCCUAUCAGCACUCUGUAGUGAAGAGGGAAAACUGGGUGCUAGCAGGACCGAUGUGGAAGGACAAGUGACAUUCACUGUUUUGUUAAAUUCUCCACAGCAUGCAGAUGGUGAAGAAAAAGAUGGAGGCCAUGUAACUGCUGGUUCAAGCUUCUGUAAGGCCCUGAUUACUUCCUGUGACCAAAUCUUCCUUCGAAAAGGAGAGCACUCACAAACAGGGGAGAGAAUUCAUGUCAUUACUGCUCUUAGAUGUUUGCUGGCUAUUUCACAGACUGCUAAAUCAGCUGCUUUGGAGUUGGGCCUAGCUGAGAAUCUUCUAGAACAUAUAAAGCAGACCCAUUCCCGCCUCUCUAUGACCUCCCUCCAAUCAAAACAGGGGUCAAAGGUCAAGGAUGAAGCCUUAAUACAGGAGUUAACCUUGACACUUGACCUUUUGAGGAAUUUUAUGUACAAGAACGAAGAUGUUAAGACGGCAUGCUACCACAGUGGGCUUCACCACAUUGUACACAAGCUGUGGUCUUGGUGUCAACUGGACAUUGGCCUUAUGGCUUGUGUUGUUUCACUCCUGACCACUUACACUGCCUCGAGCCCAACAGCUACAAGUUCCCUGGCAUACACAAGCCCAACAGCUGGAAGUUCCGGUCUCAGCCCCAAUUCCCUCGUGCACGCUGUGGUCAAGUACACCUCCAAGAAUGGACACAAGGAGCACGUGCAGCGGGGCCUGUUUUCUCUCCUCGCAAACCUGGCCCUCUCGUCAGAGUGUCGCAACAUUUUGUGGAAGAGUAACUUUCUGCAGGAGUUUAGCAACUUGAAUCCCAAGCGAAGUAAAGGCAACAAAGGAAGACAACUAGCCACUGAACAACUCUGGCUGGAGUUACUCAUCAAUCUGUCAUUUUCGUUGGAGGGUCAGCAGAUCAUACUCAAAAUACCAGCAUGUUUGGACGUCCUUCUAGAGUUUGUUGAAAGCCCCACCACCAGACUUCAAGAAACAGCUGUGAUGAUUAUCAGAAACCUUGCAUGUCACACUUCGAACAAGCCAAGGCUGCUUUCUAAUGACCAGCUGUUGCCACGGCUACUGGUGUGUGUGGGGUCGGACCGAGAAAAGGUCACCGCAGGGGCAGCAUCUGCUUUGUGGGCUCUUAUCUACAACAACCAAAAGGCAAAAGUUGUGAUGAAGAAUGCAAAUGUUGCUGCCAAACUUCAGGACAUAAUGUCUGAUAUGGAUGCAACAGAUUCAAAACUUCAGGAAUCAUGUUUAGCAGAUUUACAAGCUGUUAUUGCAACUGUCUGUGAAUAGGGAAAUGUAUUUUGAAAUAGGGAGUUUGCCUAUUUUUUGGAAAGGGAGUUUUUUGUUGACUAUUUAUUAAUAGAGAGUUUUGUUUGUGAACAGUGGGUUGGUUUAUUUCAUAAUAAAGAGGGUUUUUUUUAUUCUGAUAUUCUUUACUGAAACUGAAAACAGAACUUUUGUUUAUGAAUAUUUAAAUCUUGAUUUGAAUAUAGUAAAGUGAGCUUUGCUUAAGAGUAGGGAGUUUCGUGUUUGAAUUAAAUGUUUGUAUGUAGUUUGUGAUUGUAAGUGUAAGGCUUUAGGCAUAGAAUCACCUGAGACAUUAUACCACAAAACUGACUCUGUCAGUAAUAAAUAGUACAAGAGAAAACACUUCUUUACUAAGUAAACAAUGCAAUUUAAUCUACAUUUACAAGUAAAAUGAACUGGUAACAGGGGUUAUAAAGCUUGGGUGGUCAAUUUCAUUCACUCUGUUGGACAGUUAUUAAUAACAGGUAAUCCGAUUAGCUACAUCGCUCUUUGGUCCAAUUAAGACCAAUAUUGAAUACCAGCUCUACUGGUAUAAAACAUCUUCAGUCAUGUCCUAACCUAAGUCAUUUCCCUGAGUUUAGAAUCAGAGGUCAUAUGAUAAAUAUAAUAACUUUAUUAUAUUUGGAACACUUUAUUUUCAUUGAUUGUUAUUUAAUUUACAUAAUUUUGUGUUAAAAACACUUUUUUUUUAAAUAUAAGUUUGAAAAUUGUAGGAAUUCGACUUAAGUCAAGAAAUGACCUAAGAAGUUUUAUGAAUAUGACCCCAAGAUUAAUCCUGAAAUCAGAAUUGAAAGAUUUCAACUUAAGAUUAUUGUACAGUUGUAAAGAUUGUUUUGCUUGGACAUUUGCAUCGAUAAAAGGAAGAAAAUACCUUAGCAUCAAUAAUAUAUAUAUUUUUAUUUUUUUCCAAAGUCAAACAUAUAUACAUGUAUAUAUGUGUGACUUUGAAAAAAAAAAUCAAAAGGGAUCUUAGCCCUUAUAUACUGAAUUGGGCAAGAAUCACUGUACUGGACAGAUCCUUGGCUAACUUUCAGGAUUGAUAAUCAUGAACUGUUAAAACCCAUGGGAUAAGAUAAACAAAUUAAAUUUUUCCUACAUUGAAAAAAAUAGUAUAUUGUUUGUAUUUAAAGGUGAAAUGAUAAUAUCGUUUUUGUUUUUAUUUGUGUUUGCUAGAUUUUUAAUAUAUAUAGUGACUAUUUAAAGACAUGAAUUAUUUCUAUUGAAUUGUAGAGAAUAUAAAAAGGAAAUAAGUAAGUUUCUAGUAGAACUUGUUUAGUUCUGUAAUACUUAGAUAAAUAAAUUAAUACAUAUAUAAAUAAAACAUAAACUUAUUACAUGUAAAAUUAGUUCCACAUAUACAUGAAAGUACAUCGAAACAAAAGUUUUAGUAAGGUCAUUUUUCUAAAUACAUGCAUCGACUAUUUGUCUAUAAAAAUGUCUUAUAAUUGAGAGAAAAUAAAAUGUCAGCAUGAUUUUUUUUUGCCGAAAACAGUUGUGUAAAAGUACAAUGAAAUUAUUACAAGCAUUCUUUUUUGACUCACUUUUUAAUAUUAUAAUUAUGUCUACAAGCUUUGAUCUGAUAUCAUUCUGUGCUUGACAUUCCGUCCAAUAUUAGUUGUGAACUUUUUGUAUAUGUUAUACAAUAAACAUAAAAAAUGA